GCGGCUGAACUAUCCCUCCACAGAGAAGGUCUGCAUGGACUUGAGUAACGUGAAGAGCUCCAUGCUGCUCACUAUCACCCUGGAGACCAAGAUCAAGACCUACAAGCUGCUGGAUAGGUUUGUCUGGGAGAGGAGACAGCUCAAAUGCUUCAGCUUCCCAGUCCCACCUCCUUCAGGGGGCACUGAGGAAGUCACUACCAUUCAGCUGUCUGUACGUGGGGGCAAGAGCAAGAUAACUGAGAAGAAACAAGUCCUGAUUCAGAGGGCCAACAACAGCACUUUUGUGCAGACUGACAAGCCUCUCUAUAUGCCAGGACAGCUGGUGAGGUUUCGAAUUGUCACUUUGAACAACAAUUUCAUCCCACUGAAUGACAAGUACCCGCUGGUGGAGCUGAAGGAUCCUGAGAAUAACCGGAUUGGCCAGUGGCUUAAUGUGAAACCAGCACGAGGCAUCGUGCAGUUGUCCUUCCAGCUGGCAGCCGAACCGCCCCUGGGAACGUACACCAUCAAUGUGGACAAUGGGAAGGCCUACAGCAUCUUCAGUGUGGAGGAGUACGUGCUGCCCAAAUUCAAAGUGGUUGUGACUGAGCCCACUCAGAUCUUCACAUCGGAUACAUCUUUUCCAUUGAAAGUUUGUGGCAAGUACACAUACGGAAAGCCUGUCCAGGGUAAAGUCCAAGUCUCUUUGUGUCAGACAGCAUAUACCUGGUACAUAGACAGGACGGAGUCAGAGCCCACGGACAUCUGCCAAAAUGUCACAGGACAGACUGAUAAGACCGGUUGUUUCUCAGUCUCUGUGGACUUGGCAUUCUUCAGCCUUGGUAGCCCUGGGUACAGCCACAGUAUAAACGUGGUAGCCACUUUGGUGGAAGCUGGAACAGGCGUGGAGGCAAAUGCUACCCAUGUUGCGUUUAUGUCUGAGCAAGCUGGGUCAAUGAGCUUUGAGGAUUCAGACAAUUAUUACCACCCGGGGUACCCCUACAGCGGGAAGAUCAAAGCCCUGGAUCGAGAAGGCUCCAUACUGAAGAAGCAGCCUGUUUUCUUGGUUAUUAAUGCUGGGAACACCCAGUCCUACCACAAUCUCACCACCGAUAGCACUGGGGUGGCUACUUUCACUUUGGACACAGCUGUAUGGAAUAGAAGUGAGGUCUCUCUGGAGGGAAGGUUCAGGCUUCCAGAUUUGGUGGAUGAGCCUACAAGGAUCCGUCAGUACUACCUGAAUGCUUUCCUCCACCUGAAGCCAUACUACAGCACCACCAAGAGCUACCUCAAAAUCCAGCGGCUGCAGGGAGUGCUGCCCUGUGGCCAGAAGCAGGUGGUCCAGGUGGAUUACAGAAUUGACCGAAUGGACCUGGGAGACAAAGCUAGAGAAAUCCUCUUCUCCUUCUAUGUGGUGGGGAAGCAGAAGCUCAUUGAGGAUGGUCAGAAACGUGUCGAUAUCAAGAAGAAUGGUGAGCUAAUGGGCUCUUUCUCCAUCCCUCUCACCUUCACCUUCCACUUUGCUCCUGAUCCCUCCUUGGUGGUUUAUGCCAUGUUCCCUGAUGGGGGAGUCGUUGCCGACAAAGUCCAGUUCACAGUCUCCAUGUGCUUCAAGAACCAGGUCAACCUGGAGUUCUCGCAGCAGCAGGAUCUGCCAGGGGCAACUGUGAAUCUCCAGCUGAGGGCAGCUCCCAACUCGCUGUGUGCCAUCCGAGCUGUGGACCAGAGCAUCCUGCUCCUGAGGCCAGAGAGGGAGCUCUCCAAUAGCAGUGUGUAUGGUAUGCUCGAUUUCUCAAAUGGAGGUUACCCCUAUCAAGUUGAUGAGUAUGAUGACUGCUAUAUAUCAAGGCCAUUUCCAAUGCCUGUCAUCGACCCUCUGCCAGUGGACCGCAGCAGACGUUCCAUCAUACUGAGACCUUGGUUUGACCAAGGGGCUGACUUCUUUAGCUUCCUAAAGGAGAUGGGACUGAAAAUUUUAUCAAAUGGCAAAAUAAAGAGACCCCAGGAUUGUCGUCUCUAUCCCAUCUGGUACUACAAGGAAAAUAUUCUAAUGAAGGCACCUAUGCCAUCUAUUAUGGAAGAUUCAGGACGUGUCCCUGCAGUGGAAUCUCAGCCUUCAUCAGUGGUGAAAUCGAGUGAGUCCCAAGUCCGUGAGUUUUUCCCUGAGACAUGGAUCUGGGAGCUGUAUCCCAUUGAAAGUUCAGGUAAAAAGCAGGUCCCAGUCACUCUCCCUGACGCCAUCACGGAAUGGAAAGCCAGCAUGUUCUGUACCUCAGAGAGCGACGGCUUCGGGAUCUCCCCUACGGUGGGGCUGAUGGCCUUCAAACCUUUCUUCGUGGACCUGACUUUACCCUACUCUGUGAUCCGUGGGGAAUCGUUUACUCUGACUGCCACUGUCUUCAACUACCUGAAACAGUGCAUAAGGAUCCAGAUUACACUGGCCAAGUCAGAGAAGUACCAGGUGAAAUCCUGUAAGGGCUGUGAAUACACAAGCUGUCUGUGUGCUGAUGAAGCCAGGACCUAUUACUGGAACGUGACAGCCACCAAACUGGGUGAGGUGAACAUCACCAUCACCACAGUGGCACUGCCCAGCAGCGAGCUCUGUGGUGGUAGGAAUGUGACAGUGCUAAAUAAGGGCCGCAGUGACACCUUGAUCAAGCCUCUCCUUGUCCGGCCAGAGGGCGUCCUGAUGGAGAAGUCUCACAGUUCCCUGCUCUGCCCAGAAGGGAAUUCUGCCUCAGACUCGGUCUCCCUGCAGCUCCCUGAGGAUGUGGUGCUGGAUUCAGCCAGGGCCCAAGUGUCUGUGCUGGGUGACAUUAUGGGGACGGCACUGCAGAACCUGGACCGGCUGGUGCAGAUGCCCAGUGGCUGUGGGGAGCAGAACAUGGUGCUGUUUGCCCCCAUCAUCUACGUGCUGCAGUAUCUGGAGAAGACGGGGCAGCUGAGUGAGGAGUUGAAGACAAGAGCUGUGGGUUUCCUACAGACAGGGUACCAGAGGCAACUUCAAUACAAACAUAGAGAUGGUUCCUACAGUGCCUUUGGAGAGAGUGAUGGAGAAGGCAACACAUGGCUGACAGCAUUUGUGACCAAAUGCUUCAUACAAGCCAAGCAGCACAUCUUUAUAGAUGACAAGAACAUUGAGGAUGCUCUGAAGUGGAUAGCAGAGAACCAGCAGGCCAAUGGCUGCUAUGCCAAUGUGGGGAAACUCUUCCACACAGCAAUGAAGGGUGGAAUAAAUGAUGACAUCUCUCUGGCUGCUUACAUCACUGCCGCACUGCUGGAGGCAGGAAAGCCACUCACUGACCCAAUGGUUAAGAACAGUUUGCAGUGCCUCAGAAAUGCUUCCUCCAACGCCACUGAUAUCUACACCCAAGCACUGCUGGCGUAUGUCUACUCGCUGGCUGGAGACACUGUGACAAGGCAAUUACUGCUCACCAAGCUGGACCGGCAGGCCAUCAAGUCAGGAGGGCAGAUACACUGGAGCAGGAAACCAGCCCAGCCUCCUACUGAGUACAGCUGGUCCCAGCCCAAGUCGAUGGAUGUGGAGUUGACAGCCUAUGCGGCGUUGGCUCUGCUCACUACAGAAAAAGUGUCCAAGGAAGAGAUUGCUUCUGCCACUGGCAUUGUGGCAUGGCUGGCCAGGCAGCAGAAUGCCUAUGGGGGCUUUGCCUCUACCCAGGACACUGUAGUUGCCCUCCAAGCUCUUGCUAGAUAUGGAGCAGUGACAUUCAUCAAAUCUGGAAAUGUCUCUGUGACGGUGAAAUCGGGAAAGAACUUCCAGCAGUCCUUCCACGUGGAGGCCACCAACCGACUGGUGCUGCAGCAGCAGCCUCUCCCUGACAUUCCUGGAAACUACACUAUACAAGCAGCUGGCACAGGCUGUGUGUAUGUGCAGUUAUGUGGGGAGCCGUGGCACCUCCAACAUGGUCAUUAUCGAGGUGAAGAUCCUGUCUGGAUUCUACCCCGUCCGGGGCACCAACUAUUUUCUCCAGCAGCAGCCAUUUGUGAAGAGAGUGGAGAUUAGGGCAGAGGAUCUCACCAUCUACCUGGACCAGCUGAAUAAGGAGACUCAGACAUACUCCUUCACCAUGAGCCAAGACAUUCUAGUGAAGGAUCUGAAGCCAGCAGUGGUCAAAGUCU